GGUUUACAUUUUCGGUUAGCUGGGAGCGUGAAACCGCGUGAGAAAGUUGCCAUUGAGGUAAAGCCGAGCUUGGAUGGCGGACUGUUGCCACUGCUGUGGGAGUUGUUGCUAUCAAAACUCACAACAUCUUUCCUCUUUUUUUGUAAGAUCUAUUUUGGACACAGGUUUGCAUCCAAACAAAGCGGGAAAGUAAAUAUUUCGGUUUUGUUGACUGUUCGACGGCCAACUAGCGACCGCGGCGAGUCAAGUGGGAACUCUGCAAUUAACUUGUGUGGAUUUGUUUCUGAUGCUCCGACUUAGGGCCGACAGUUUGCGGCUGUCUGUUGAGCGUCUGCUGACUUGAAUUUGUUCUUGUUUGUUUGGUCGCCUCUCUGUACUCGGAAUACGUUGGAUCAUACACAAAACAAACGCCGGAGUGAUUGAGGUGGCUCCAGCCUUUUCGUUUCUCACCUGGUUCUCACCACCACCACGCCGCCUCUCUCUUGGCUGCCUCCACCUAAUGAGCCGUUUCCCGUGUUUUUCCGGUUCAUUUACCGCCGCACUGUCGGUGUAGCGGGCAAGAGACAACGAGACAGAGAGGAGCACGGAUUCAAAUUAAACGGUCGGUGAACUCGGACGGAGCGGUCGGUUUUGUUUGAAAUUAACCACAGUUGGCCCUAACAACAACGGCGGAUGGAUUCUUCCCCGUGAUCCCCAGCACCCCACAUCCUCACUGUACCUUCGCUUGAUCCCUCGUAACGGGACUUUAAGAAGGAAACGGUUACAUCCUCCCGGAGAUAACAAUGUUCCCCCAGGGGCGACACCCGACGCCCCACCAGGCUCCAGGCCAGCCCUUCAAGUUCACCAUCCCAGAGUCGCUGGACCGCAUCAAGGAGGAGUUCCAGUUUCUUCAGGCACAGUACCACAGUCUCAAGCUGGAGUGCGAGAAGCUGGCCAGUGAAAAGACAGAGAUGCAGAGACACUAUGUCAUGUACUAUGAGAUGUCUUAUGGCCUCAACAUUGAAAUGCACAAACAGACUGAGAUUGCCAAGAGACUAAACACCAUCUGUGCACAAGUCAUUCCCUUCCUCUCACAGGAGCACCAGCAGCAGGUAGUCCAAGCUGUGGAGCGAGCUAAACAGGUGACUAUGGCAGAACUCAAUGCGGUCAUUGGGGUACGUGGACUGCCAGGUCUUCCACCCACACAGCAGCAUCUAUCCCAUAACCAUGGUGGUGCCCCUGUGCCCCUCACCCCUCAUCCUGCUGGCCUCCACCCCUCUCAGCUGGGUGGUUCAGCUGGUCUCCUGGCACUGUCAGGGGCACUUGGUGCUCUUCCUCCCCAUCUGGCAGGAAAAGAUGGUGGUGAUAAAAAGCCCCACCUGUCUGGACCAGACUCACAUCCUGCAGGACCUGAGCACCUGAGAGAGCGGGAGCCUGGCACAAGUAACUCUUUGCUGCCAGAAAGUCUUAGGAAUUCGGAUAAGCGUCGCAACGGACCUGAGUUUCCAAACGACACCAAGAAACGUAAGGUGGAUGACAAAGACUCCAGCCACUAUGAUAGCGAUGGGGAGAAAAGUGAUGACAAUUUAGUGGUGGAUGUCUCGAAUGAGGAUCCUGCCUCCCCUCGUGGCACACCUCUCCCCUCCCCUAGAGAAAAUGGCUUGGAUAAAGCGCGUCUUCUCAAGAAAGACCCUUGUAGUCCAGCCUCUACUGCAUCAUCAGCUAGUUCCUCUUCCCUCAAGUCCAAAGAGAUGCCAAUGCGAGACAAGGCAGGUACACCUGGGCUGAAGUCAAGCACACCCACCCCAAGAGGUGACUCCACCCCUGGUCCGAGCUCCACUCCCGGAAUCCGGCCCAGUCUAUCAAAACCUCCUUCGAUGGAGAUACCUCAUCCACCCACUGCAGGUUUGCGGACCCCCCUAGCUGUACCAGGUCCAUAUCCGGGGGCAUUUGGUAUGUUGCCCCACCCAGCAGGGAUGAAUGGGGAGCUCGCUGGUGCUGCUGGAGCUGCGGCUUAUGCUGCCGGACUGCAUAACAUGUCACCCCAGAUGAGUGCUGCUGCUGCGGCCGCUGUGGCGGCGUAUGGCCGUUCGCCCAUGGUUGGUUUUGAUCCUCAUCCUCAUAUGCGAGUUCCUGGAAUGCCUCCCAGUCUGACAGGAAUCCCUGGCGGCAAACCUGCUUACUCCUUUCACGUGGCGGCCGAUGGACAGAUGCAGCCAGUGCCGUUCCCCCCAGACGCUUUGGUGGGCCCAGGGAUUCCUCGUCACGCCCGUCAAAUCAACACACUGAAUCAUGGAGAGGUGGUGUGCGCCGUUACCAUCAGUAACCCCACCCGACACGUUUACACAGGAGGAAAGGGUUGCGUUAAGGUCUGGGAUAUUAGUCACCCAGGAAACAAGAGCCCAGUGUCACAGCUUGACUGUUUGAAUCGAGACAACUACAUCCGCUCCUGCCGUCUCCUCCCUGAUGGCCGGACGCUGAUAGUGGGAGGUGAAGCCAGCACACUCUCAAUCUGGGAUUUGGCCACGCCCACUCCCAGGAUUAAGGCAGAGUUAACAUCAUCAGCUCCAGCAUGUUACGCUCUGGCCAUCAGCCCAGACUCCAAGGUCUGCUUCUCGUGCUGCAGCGAUGGAAACAUCGCAGUCUGGGAUUUACACAACCAGACACUCGUUAGGCAGUUCCAGGGCCACACAGAUGGAGCCAGCUGUAUCGACAUCUCCAAUGAUGGCACCAAGCUGUGGACCGGAGGCCUCGAUAACACUGUCCGCUCCUGGGAUCUGAGGGAGGGACGGCAGCUGCAGCAGCAUGACUUUACAUCACAGAUCUUCUCUCUCGGCUACUGUCCAACAGGGGAGUGGCUUGCUGUGGGAAUGGAGAGCAGCAACGUUGAGGUCCUUCAUGUCACCAAGCCUGACAAAUACCAGCUUCAUCUACACGAGAGCUGUGUAUUGUCCCUCCAGUUUGCCUAUUGUGGUAAAUGGUUUGUGAGCACAGGAAAAGAUAACUUACUGAAUGCAUGGAGAACACCAUAUGGAGCCAGCAUAUUCCAGUCUAAAGAAUCCUCCUCGGUGCUAAGCUGUGACAUAUCUGUGGACGACAAAUACAUCGUCACCGGUUCAGGAGACAAGAAGGCCACUGUUUAUGAAGUUAUCUACUAAAAAUAUGGAAAGCAAGAAAGACAGAAAGAACAUUCGUUGUUUCCCCACACGGCCACUAUGUUUCUAGGGAUUUUCACAUGUAGCCAGAAAUCGCAGAAGAGAAGGAUCUUGAUGGCACCUUCUCUUUUCUGUUACAUCUGCUGAGGAGACACAGAAAGGAGACAAACAUUUUACAUGCGCAUGUCUGUUGGGCCUGUGCAUGUGACUCCACAUCAGCUGGGAAUUCACUGGAGCAGCUGGAUGUGAAUGGAAGGAGAGGAAUCAUUUGGACGUUCAUGUCCCUGCUGCUUUCUACUACGAACUGGACUGGGAUCAGUUACAGGGACCAGACAGUGACUGAACCAAAGGGGGAGGGGCAUUGUUUUGUUUUGACAGGGAUCAGCUCUUCUGAUGAGCGCAGUACUGAACAUUGGAUUUUAAAACAUACUUGAUUCAGUGUCAUGACCUGGAGCACAGACCCCUAAACCGAACGCUCAAACCAGGUGGAUGAAUAUAACAGACAGAAAGUGGAAAUUGUGGACCGAAAUGGACAAAAUUAUUGAGAAAUGUAGGAGGAGAGGCAGCUCUCACUCCUCUGACCUUAGAACCUCAGCUUGCUGUUCUGAUAUGCCGACACUCUCUGAAAAGUAGCUUUUCUGACAAAAACAGAACAUCCCAUCCUCAGUAACCAUCCUCAGCACUGUAGUCAUAGCUGUCCACCUACACUCUUAGUACACACACACACACACAACGAAAGUUUCAAACAUACUGAAGGCUAUGUUGAUUUGACCAAAAUACAAAAAAAACAAGCUUUCCAAACCCAGUAAGUUUCCUGAACAGGAUAAUAUACUCUAAAUUUUGUUGUGAGAGACAUAACUGGUUAUUCAUAUUUUUUCCUCCCCAGUUCAUUUGUGUUUCUGGGUGAAAGACCAAUAAGUGCAAACCUGAAGUGAAAACAAGUUCCAGAGAUUGAAUUAAUCCUCAUAUUCCAUUGAUCCUCGUCUGGUGUACCUGUUUCAACAGAUCAUUUCCCAGCUUAUGUUUUUCCACAUGGCUGCACUCCACAAGCAACAUAAGCCACGGUGUGUGUCAUCAGCUGCACAUAUUUUCAGAGUGAGCCCCACCUUUGUUCAGACUUUCUGAACAGGCAGCUGGAUAUGGAUUCAGAUUUUCAAACAGCAUUUUUCCAUAUGGUCUUAUUGAAGUGUGGACAGGGCCCUGCUGUUAGUUUUAAUACAGUUCAUUUGCUUGUGGUCUCUUUUACAAUAAGCUCAUUGAUUGAGGUCAUAAUGAUUCAUAUUAACUCUGACUCUUCAGUUACUGUCUUCACUGUUGUAAAUUCAUCCCGUCUGCGCCUUUCUCACUCUUUCAUACGCCCGAUGUCUUUACUAUGUGGGACGGUUAAUCACAUUUCAGGAACAUGGACCAGCUGUACUUAAAAAGAUCAUCUUGACAAGUAAAUUAACCUUGUGUUUAAACCAGUCCUUUUUAAUUGCACAUAAUUUUACAGACAGAAUUGCCUUUUUUUUUUAAUAAUGUCAUUUCUCUGUUAAUAUUCUGAAAUGUGUGACAUUUGUGAAAGUACAAAUGUCACAGUAGUGACAAGUACAAAUGCCUUUGAAAGUACAAAGUAGACUGCAAUCAAGAUUAAAUUAUUUGUCAAGGUUAGUGCAGUUCAUUUUCAGCUUCAUGAAGGAGUCAGUCACUUUCAGCCGUUUUUAAAUUCAUUAACUUCACAUUUUUUUAAAUCUAUUUUUGUCUGUUGAAUGUUUGUAAAAAUGUAUAUAUGUUUUGGUUUUUUUUUCUUACAGGACAUGCUUUAGAAAUAACAAACUGUUUUUUGUAUUUCUUUUACAUGGAAAAGAAACGUCUAAUCAGGAGAAAUACUAAAUGGUCUUAAUGCUAGCUGAUCUAAAAUGAUUGAAAUAUCUAGACAAUAAAUGUGCGUUCUUUUGUAAGCAGUGUGGUCUUUGACUUUCUGUGUUGGUCCAAGAACACGUUUGGGAGAAUCAGCCUUGUAAACAGAAGGUAGUUUCAAAGUAUGUUUUCACUGAAACUCCAGGAUAAUGGCUGCCUCAUUUGGAUUUGUGUGGAUGAAGCUCUGAAAUAAAAUGUAGUUAUUA